CAGUCGAGCAAAUGAACGGAUCUUCCAGCUGUCUGGAACACUCGGGCUCAGGCACCUGUACCAAGCCCAUAAGCUCCGCAUCGUGCCAAUCUUGACACUACACCUGCAACUAACAAAGCCCCGCGAUCUAGUCAACCAGACCUUUUUGAACCCUUAUAUCAUCGUCAACGUCAUGUAGGCGCCGCCACUGCUCGGUGCAGAGCAUGUGUCAGCCAGGAAUGUAGCACGUGGAGACCUUUUGAUGCAAACAUCAACGUUCUGUACAUUUCGAAUUUUCCACCUAAUCAUGCACAACGCCGUUGAAGUGACAAUGCCCACCGAAAACGAACGCCCGCUGCUCCGGAACUCAAUCUCUCCUCUUUUGUCGCUGCCGCACGAACUUUUGCAUUUCAUAUCCAGCUCAAUCACCAACUUCCAGCCAUGGACCUUCACUUCGAUCCGGGAGCAUGCGGACCCCUCCAUAGACGACAAGGACCUCUUGCCGCACGUUGGUGAUUUCGAAACCAUCGAUCUGAGACCGGCUCAUCGGACUGUUCUUGGGCUGUCGAGCGAGUAUGGCUGGCUGACGCUUGUACUCUCGCGACAUCCCUACCACCUGUCCAGGAGCGACAAGACAGGGAUUUCACCAGCCAUCACGCAGGCACUGAGGAGAGCGAAUGCCCAGCUGGAGCAGAUGCAUUGCGCCGAGGGGGAACCACGAAGCACGCCUAUCUAUCGCAGCAGUCGGCGAGCGUCCAGGAUAUCUCCCACCGACAACGCAGCUUGUCAGAAAGCAUGCAUGCAGCAAUACCACGCCCAUGUCCACCUAGAAGAGGAAACCUGUCCCGUUGCUAGUAGCGGCGCAGCACGAUUACGCACAGCGCGUAGCUACGAAGACGAGCCCUCCGGCGCCAGCGCGCUCAUCGCGUGCAGUCCCGCUCCCGUGCUCAAGCUCAGCAGCCAGGACAUUGCGCGUCUCGCCAGCCAACUCCAGUCAUUGGAGUCCACGGAGGACAAGGUCGUCGCCAUGGCCGCCAUCCUGAUCACGCUCGUGCAAUGCCGGCUGGCGCUGCUCGCGGACCUCGACAAGUGCGAGCCCGACUCACCGAUCCCUUCCAUCGAGCUCUCCGAGUCCACUGUCCCCGCGACACCGAAGACGGGCCCGCGCCACGAUCGCUUGCGCAGCAUGUCCGGCUCGACUGUUGCCGAAGCAGUAGUGGCGCAGACGCAGUCGCUCUCGCUCUCGCCGAUAUCGACAACGUACUGUUCGGGUAGGAGUCGAACGGCGGCGGUGUCGUGGGCCGAGAAGCGGGUGAGCGAGGAGCGCGAUGUGGGCACGGCGCCGAAGCGACCGAGGCUGAUGCAGUACAAGCAGGUGAGCAGCGGCAGGGUUGCGACGCUCAUGGAUCAGUUUGAGAAGUUUCAUCUGUGAGAAGCUGGCGGUUGUCGAGCUCGAUGUGUCGUCGGGCGCGCUCGUAAACUAUUAUUCACACAUGGUGUUUGGCCUGCCUUCGUGCCCGCAGUGCAAAAGUGACGCAGGCCUCCUUCACCACACCACCAUAGGGUUGUGCGGCGGAAGAUCGGGAGCGCGUGCGUGGCACCGAGAGCAUUUACACCACUGACACGCCUCCAACUGGCAGGCCGAUACGUUCGUGGCGACGCCGGACGGCUGGAGUCAGGA